AAUAUUAAUAAACUGAAGAUGAAUUCGGGGAAAACAAAAUAUAUGUUAGUUAGAGGGAUAAGAAAAGAAUUGAGAGGCAAUACUACUGUGAGAUGUUUGGAUGGAAAUGAGAUUGAGCGUGUAGAAGUAAUAAAGUACUUGGGUAUAAUUAUAGAUGAUAGACUUAAAUUUAGCGGUCACUGUGAUUACAUGCUAAAGAAAAUAGGGAAGAAGAUAAGUUUUUUAAAUAGAAUAGGGAACUUUAUCUCGGCUUACACUAGAUGUACGAUAUACAAGACAAUAAUAGCACCUCACUUUGAGUAUUGUGCGACGCUACUAUUAGAUAUGGGAGAUACACAGUUAAGUAGGCUCCAAAAAGCGCAAAAUAGAGCUAUGAGAGUCAUAUUGCAAUGUGACAGACGUACCAAAGUUAAAUGUAUGCACCAAGCGUUGCAAUUUAUGACCAUAAGACAAAGGCUGUAUUACAACACGUGCAUAUUUAUUUUUAAGAUUUUAAAUAAUAUGAUGUCGGAGCAAUUUAGUAAUAGACUUAGAAUAGUAGAGGGUGAACGCGAAACUAGGCAGACAGGGGAUAUUGUUAUUGAAUUUCGAAAAACAAGAAGCGCGCAAAAAAGUUUAUUUUAUGAGGGUGUGUUAAUGUAUAACGCAUUACCACCCGAAGUUAAACAUUGCAAUCGUUUAGAAAUGUUUAAACGAAUGCUAAAAGAGUUUGUUUUUAAUGAUGUAACAUAAAAUUGUAUAUGUA